CAGAGGAGCAGCUGGCCUGUCCGAGGCCAGAGGCUGGGCUCAGCGGCCGAAGUGGAGCACCGGCGGCUGGCCCCGAGGGAGACGCUGCCGAAAGAAGGUGAUGUGAAUGGGUUGUAAGAACCAGACGAGAUGGAUGGAGAGCUGCCCUGCACUGAGGUGGAUGGAGAAGUGUCCUCUGCCACAGAAGAUCUGGGAGGAGAGGUGCCCUGUGCGGAGACCAACACAAAAGAAGAGGCACCCUGUGCUGAGAUCAGCGUGGAAGGAGACAUGCCCGGCACUGACAGUGAUGAGGAAGGGGAAAUGCCCUGUGCUGAGAGUGACGCAAAAGGAGAGGCAUCUUGCUAUGAGAGUGAUGGGGAAGAAGUACCAGAUACUGAAAUCCCUGCUGUUUCAAAGAAAAUGUCUUCUAUUUCUUCUCCGUUGAGGGCAAUCAUCCGCCUGCGACGACAAUACGGGGUGCAAAAGAAAAGCCGCCUGCAUUUAGAGCUCCCUCGAGAAAAGUCUUCAGAGCUUGUCCAUAGAAGGCUGCUUCAAAGGCAGCUUUCCCUGAACCGAACUAGCCUGUAUGGCCCUUCCAUGUCCUUCUUUAAUCAGACCAGCUUUGAAACUUCCCAGUACUUCACCUUUGACACAUCUGUGGAGCAGUGUUCUAUGAAAAAAUGCAGGCGGAAAAAGAAUCGACGGAAAUCUAGGAUAGUCCUGUAUCCAGACAAAACAAAAAGAUACCUUCCAACAGAGGAGAAGAGCAAAGCAAAACGCUGCCUCCUCUUGCUCAUUGUCAUUAUCUUCUUUCAGAUUCUCAAUGCAAUAGAGAACCUGGAUGAUAACCUCCAAAAAUACGACCUAGAUGGUUUGGAGAAAACAAUGCACCGGGAAGUAUUUGGGCAGAAAGUUGCUGUGGAAAGUAUUAUGGAAUUACUGAAAGACUAUCUGGCUACCCACAUACACAACAAACCUCUAGUAAUCUCUUUAAAUGGCCCGACAGGAGUUGGGAAGAGUCAUGUUGGCUGGCUGCUGGCUAAACAUUUUCGUUCUGUCAUGGACAACGACUUUGUGCUUCAGUACUUUGUUAUGCAUCACUGCCCCAACGAGGUGGCUCCUCUUACUUGUGAAAUAGAUUUGUCUAAGAAGAUUUCUGACAUGGUUACAAGAGCUGAAAUAGAAGAGAAGAUACCAUUGUUUAUUCUGGAUGAGGUUGAACUCAUGUCUCCAGUCCUGCUGGAUACUCUCAGCCGAUUCUUUGAACCCAAUCAAACCAAUGAGUUCCUCAAUGCUGUCUACAUUUUAAUAAGCAACAUAGGAGGUGGUGAAAUAACCAAGUUUGUUAUCCAGAAUGCAUCUGCUGAGCUUCUGCAUCAGCAAAGGGGACUUGAAGAACUGCUGAGCAUCAUCCAGCCUGUACUGAUUGAUGUCCACCCCCUCUGGAAAUCUGCGGACAUCAUCCCAUUUGUUCUUCUGGAGAAAAGUCACGUCAUAAACUGCUUCCUAGAGGAGAUGAGGAGGGAAGGGCUGUAUCCUGACCAGAAGCAUAUUGAAAAUUUAGCGAGUCAGCUCAGUUACUACACUACAGGGGACAAGCAGUACUCCAGGAUGGGCUGCAAGCAGGUUGUGGCCAAAGUCAACCUGCUGUAGUGACUUACUGCAGAGGCCAAUUCCUGCUCUCAGGAUUUGCAAAAUUCUGGGCUUAUGGAGGAGUAUGUUACACCAGGCUGUGGUCAAGGUGUCCUUUCUUAGGCCUGCACUGACUCUGUCCUGGUCAAGGUGGAGGGAUGGCAGCUGGGGCUGCUCUGGAACAUGGUCUCUGUUCUCCUCCAGAUGCUUCACAUGUUCCUAAUGUUCUGUGAAUAAGGCACAGGCAACAAAGCCCAAGCAACCAGCCAUUAAUUGUGAGAUGCUUUGUUCCUCACAUGCUCAUUUGGGACACUUUGUCAUUAAGGAGUUGUGAGAUGAGGACAGACGCUGCGGCAUAUAAACAAGAGGAGAAAUAGUAACUGGGUUACUGUCCCUGCAGUACACGUAGCCAUGGCUCACCCUUUGCAGUCUUCAACUCUUUGCUUUUCUUGGUCCUGGCUGGUGAUGUGCAGAGCAGAAGCCAUGCUGGACACCUGGGAGAAUUGAGAGAAUUUGUGGCUCCUCAUCCCCCAAAUGCACGGGCAGUCAGAACUCCGACUUCCCCAUCUCCUACGUGACCACGCGCUCUGGAGACUGCUUUUUGGACCCAUUCCCGAGUUCUUGCUCUUCUGAGCUCAUACCUGAGCUCACCUUUGGCACCUCCAUUGAGAUUUCUGCCCUACAAGUCUGUUUGGGCUCGUCUUGAAGACUGCUCAGCUGCGCCAGCCAGUGCAGAAAUAACCACUGGAUUGUUUCAGGUCUGGUGGUGGCAACUCCUCCUGCGAGCUCUUCUGCUUUUUGCUUCUGGGUACACUUCACCACACUCAUUAUCUAGACAGCACAAAAUAGCAGCUGGCAUGUAUUAAGCAACACACACUGGCAAAGGCAGUUUAGGCUGGCUGGGCCGGGUGCAGUGGGAGUCCUCAGCUUGCUCCCAGUCCUGUGAGGCCAAGGAGAGGUUCUUUGCCAUUGAGACCCUGGAGAGAGCAUGCUGCCUGGAAGCACCUCAGGAAAAGCACAUGUCCUUGU